AUAGGGAAGCACCCAACUGGUUUUUGUGGUUGUUGUCAGGUUGCAGAAACUAUAGAGCAUGUGUUGUUGAGUUGCAGACAAUAUAAAGAACAGAGGAAAAAUAUGAUGGAAGAGUUAGGAAAAAUUGGAGCAAUAGGGACAGGAAUGAAGGAAAUACUGGAAAGUGGGGAGAAUGAACAAAGCAGAGGAAAUAUUUUAUUAUUUUUAUCAAGAACAGGACUGAUGAGAAGAAUAUGAUGUAACUGGACAUGACAGGAAAUAAAGCCGGAAGAUGGCGGUAGUGCAACGCUAAUGGAUGCAAGCUGCCGAUAAACUCUAAAGAAGAAGAAGAAGAAGAAGAGGGAGAUUUAGAAAACAGAAAAAGUCAGCGACAAAUCAAGGAAGAGUAGACAAAUAAAGGUUAAGUGGCAUCCUCACUGACAGAAUGUACUGGUCUGGAGCUCCAAGUCAGCUCAGUGUCAAUGCUGCAAAGAAACCCCGAUUUAUGCCUCCGGGACUUUGACAUUCCUACCAUAUCGAGCCCCCAACCAGAACCAUUGACAGCAUCCACUCUAGCAUUAGGGAAUGUGUUCAACAACAAGGUCCAGAGGUGUUUGACUAGUAGAGAUUGUCCAGCUUUUUCUAAAGCUCCAGAAGGCAGUAAAGCUUUAGCUAGGGUCUUGAGCGCUGUUCCUCAAGGAAAUGUAAGAAAAACAGCUUUAGCUCAUCAUCUUACUGUCCUGAAGCAGCUGGCAGAUAAAGAACGUUGCUCAAUACAGCCAAAUACGCAUGCCAACACCGUGUCUUCAGUUUGUGCAUGUGUGUGUUGUUUAACUGAAGUAAGCAGUGCAGCAGUCUGCUCACACAAGUGAGUGUCUUCCAGAGAAUGACAGACACACAGCACAGGUGAAAGAAGGAGAGAAGAAGAGUGGGACUAGAGCAUUGAGACCAGCUUAAAACCAAGAUGUCAACCUUGUUUGUGACAAACAGCAUGGUUGGCAAGGCCCGCUCCUCAAACUUCACCUUGUCUGAGAAACUGGAUCUUCUGCGGCUGGUACAGCCUCACAUACGCAUUUUGGAGGUGCACACCAACAAGCAUGCAGUGAUUGUGGAUAAGAACCGGUGCUGGGACAGCAUAGCUGAGCGCUAUAACAGUUUAGGAGGUGAGAGGCCCACCAGAACGGCUCAGGGCCUUCGGACCCUCUAUAAACGACUUAAAGAAAGUGCCAAACAGGAAGUUCUUCAACGAAGCCACUCCCAGCCUGAGUACCGGGGCAGCAUCUCGGAGCCAACCAAACACAUCAUGGAAAUGAUUCCACAACUGUUUCGUGUGGGAGACAAAGAGCAGAGUGCACUCCACAGGCUUCAGUUCAAGAGGAACUCUCCAUUAGAGCAGCCAGGCAGCAGUCUGUCCCUCCCUGUAAUGCCGGACUAUCCACCUGUUGCGGCUAUGAGGGUGGAGUCAGAAGACAUGAAACCGCCUCUUGAUAUCCACCUUAUUACGUCUCAUGGUUCCCCUGUUACUAUCACCACCCCAAGCAGUCAGGCCCACCAUGGACAGAAUGACAGGGACAAUGAGGUGGUGGAAGCGGAUGAAGAUGAGGAGGAAGAGGAAGUAGUCUCCCACGUGUACGCGGCCUCCCUCUCUCCAUGUCCUUCCUCCGUACACCUCUCACCUUCGCCAUCAGCACCGGCCCCAAGGAGAAGUCUUCAUCAGAGGGUCAGCUCGGCUUUCAAAAAUCAAAUUUUUGAGGCAGAAACAUUGCAGAUGAUGCAAGAGGAACAUGAGCUGCUUCUGGCCAAUCACAGAAAACUGGGGUUGUAUCUGGAGGAAAAGAGGGAGGGGCUUAAAAGAAAGCAAAAUUUGGAGGAGGAGCUACUCAGGUCAAAGGUCAAAGUGGAGAAACUGAGGGCAGCCAGACUCCGCCAUGGUUUGCCAUUGUUGUGACAUGUAGUGUUGCAUCUAAAAAAGUUGCAUAAAGGGAACUACGGCACAGUUAUAUGGCCGAUCUGAUGACAUUGUAAAUUUUUUGUUUGUACAGUCUGGGCUUGUUGAAAUGUUUGUACAGUUUUUUUUUUUUUUUUAUUCAUUUUUUUUAUAUAUAAUAUUAUUCUAUUGACAUUUUUACAAGGACCACUGUUUACACUUACAAAAUGGUUGUAUUUGUUCACAAUAGUUAACUACAAAAGUUAACACAAACUAACUAUUAACAAUACUUUUUCAGCACUUAAUCUUGAUUAAUGUUAAUUUCAACAUAAACUAGUACAUUUUGUAACAUUUAAAGUUAGUUAAUGCAGUAUGAACUAACAUGAACAAUGAACAAAUGGAAAUGUAUAAAUUAACAGCAUCAAUUAAGAUAUGCUGUAAAAUUCAUUAACAAAUAAAACCUUACUGUAAAGUGUUACAGACCCCCCCCCCCUCAGUGUGAAUGUCUGAUUGGACAAGAAAGAGGUUUUAUUUUGUAUGCAGUUACUAAUAAAAUUGUAGUUCCUUUAAUCUCAGUGUUUUGAGUGUAUCUUUUUUAUUAUUUCUUCUCAGGAGCAUAGAAUGAAGAUCUCACUCUCAAGCUAUUUGUGUAGACUUGUGUAGUAAAAUGUUUUGUUUGUACAUUGUAAUGCGUUUACCGAAGCUAAUGUGAAAUUCUUGCAAAUUAAUUCAUGUGAAUAAUUUUUUAUCCUACAGUUUCACACCUGGCCAUUAAUUUUUGUUGUUUAUCUGACACAGUAAAAAAAAAAAACAAUACCAGGAAUUAAACAUAUGUUGAAAUAUGAAGACAUUGUAAAGCUCUCUUUAUGAUUCAAUAUGGGCUUUUGGUAUGUUUUGGUAUCCCUGUUCAUUCAUGUAUUUAUUUAUUUUCAAGCAUGCUACUGUAGUUUAAUAUGGUGCAAGGCAUCAUCAAGUAAGCAAAAGCGCUGGAAUGGCGACGCUGUGCUGAUUGUCAGAGGGCAGAUCGUUGUCCUCAAAGACAUGGAAGGGGGGGACAUUGAACAAGGUUAGCCUGUCCCAACACAUGCUUAAAGUAAAAUUAGCUACUGUUGUGGAGUAUAGUAUGUAUUGUUAAGAAAGGAAGUUCUAUUUUUGAAUUUGUGGUUUAUAUUUAAUUCCACUAUUAUCAUUUUAUCUCACUCAUGAAAUAUUUUUGAAAACUUUUUCAAAUGUAUUUGAAUUUGUGUUUGUUAGGAUAAGGUUACAAGGCUUCUGAGUUGGAGAGCUUGUGUGAGGGUCAGUCACUUGUGGUGAGAGGGAAGCAAAUCGAUGUAAUGGGGUCAUAUCCAAUGAGGACAAUGCCAAGGGCCGUUGUUUUCAAGACGUUGCUGU